UUCCCCACACUACACCGCACCCACAAAGCAAGCUCAGGCUUGAGGCAUGAAUGAAUCAAAUCAAACCAAGACAAACAUAUAUUGAUAAGGGGUAGAGUGGUGGAACCACCCCUUUACUAGUUUGUCCAUCAUAAAAGCCCCUUUUUUUCUAACCUUUGUUUACUUAACCAGUCAAGAAUCAUAGCCCAACCCAAAAUCUACCAAUCAAAAGCAGCCCUUUCGCUUCAUAUUCAGCUUUUACAUAUCCAUACGUGUACACACUUUUACCUUCCCUUUCUUGCACCUUGAGAAUAUUGUUCUUUACUUCUUCUCUGAAUUUCUUAUUAGUGGGUUUUGUCUUUGUCUACACUCUUAAGGGAUUGCCUCAACAAUUUAAUAUUGUAAUAAAAGAAUAAAAUCAUCAAGAUCUUCAAUUCUUUAUGGUUGUUUACAAUGUUCUAUUUGGAAUUAAUUCAAUAAUAAGGAAGGAAUUACUCAGAAGGGUUCUUGGGAGGAUUUGAAUAAUCUGUCUUUCUAUAUUGGGUUUCUUGCUUUCCUUUGCAGAUGGAUAGUUUACUUUUGCUGAUCUGAUGCAAUUGUAGCCUGCAUUCUACAUGGAACUUGUUCUCUGCAAAUGGGUAUUUGCAUUUCUACUUAGUUGUUUGCUCAUCUUCACUGUUGUAUGCUCAGUGGAGGGAAUACAUGGAGAUUCAAAAGUAAGAGGAGUGAAUUUGGGUGGAUGGUUGGUAGUGGAAGGCUGGAUUAAGCCUUCUCUUUUUGAUGGCAUUCCCAACGGAGACAUGCUUGAUGGAACAUAUGUCCAACUCAAAUCUGUGACAUUGCAGAAGUAUGUGAGUGCAGAGAAUGGGGGUGGCAUGAAUGUUACAGUUGACAGAGACAUUCCUUCUUCAUGGGAAACCUUUACAUUAUGGAGAGUAUCUGAGUCAGAAUUCCAGUUUCGCACCUCUCAAGGCCAAUUUCUGACAUGUGAUGGCGAUGGGGGAUCUGUCUCUUCGACAGCAGAAUCACCAUCAAGAACCGAAACAUUUUAUGUUGAAAGAAAUAAUAACAGAGUUCACCUCAAGCUUAAUAGUGGGACCUAUCUUCAGGCUUCAAUGGCAAACCAACUCACAGCAGACUAUCCAUCGACGCCAGGAUGGGAUGAUAAUGCAGCCACAUUUGAAUUGAUGAUUGUAGCAAAUAACUUGCAUGGAGAUUUCCAGCUUGCUAAUGGAUACCGCCAUGAUAAGGCAAAAGAAGUUCUGAAGAAGCAUCGAAACAGCUUUAUCACUGUGGAAGACUUCGAUUUUCUGUACAGACAUGGUAUAAAUGCUGUGAGAAUUCCUGUUGGCUGGUGGAUAGCUUUUGAUCCUAAUCCUCCGGCUCCUUUCAUUGGUGGUUGUUUGGAAGCUCUUGAUAAUGCAUUCACAUGGGCACAAGCCUACAGCAUAAAGUGUAUAAUUGACCUUCAUGCGGCUUUGGGCUCCCAAAAUGGGAUGGAACACAGUGCUAGUAGAGAUGGCUCAACAGGCUGGCCUACAUCUCCAGAUUACAUCUCAAAAACGUUGGACGUUAUAGAAUUCCUAGCUUCCAGGUAUGCCAAACAUCCUGCCUUGCUGGGAAUUGAACUUCUAAAUGAACCAUCUGCUGCCAAUGUUCCCCUGGAUAUCUUGCUUUCAUAUUACAAGCAAGGGUAUCAAAUCGUUCGGAAAUACUCAUCAACAGCUUAUGUGAUUGUUUGCCAGAGAAUAGGGAAUGCAGAUCCACUCGAACUUUUUCAAGCUAACAUAGGCUCUUUGAACAUAGUGGUGGAUUUGCAUUACUACAAUCUCUUCGACCCUUUCUUCGUCAAUUUGAACACUACAGACAAUAUCCAAUUCAUUUUCAAGAGCAGACAAACCCAAUUACAAGCUUUAAACAGCGCAAAUGGGCCACUUAUUUUUAUUGGGGAGUGGGUUAAUGAGUGGAAUGUGACAAGCGGAUCUCAAAGGGAUUAUCAAGAUUUCGGGAGGGCUCAGUUAGAGGUCUAUAAUGAAGCCUCGUUUGGAUGGGCUUAUUGGACACUCAAAAAUGACAGAAAACACUGGGAUUUUGAAUGGAAUAUUCGGAACAAUUAUCUUCAACUGGGUGAUUCACCGGCUGUGAAAAUAUCAAAUGGUAGAACUUUACUUGGACUGGCAUGCAGUUGUUUCGUUCUGCACGCUAUAUUAUGAUAGAUCUUAUCAAAAUUGGCUCUCGUGUCAAAGAUUCAAACUAUCACUUAAAUGUUUUGAAAAUUGAAGGUGAUGCACAAAAUAAUGUUGUUGGAACAAAGAGUAUCCAUACAAAAUGUGAUUGAUGUUGUGGGAACAUUGAGGCUACAAGCAAUGUGUUACACUCAAUAAUACAAAAACGGAAUUUUUUUUUUUU